GUUUUGGGAGUAUUCAAAGACUGAAAUCGUUCCCAAAAAUAAGAAUUUUUUGAACAUACAGAACAUGGCACUUUAUUUAUUUUUACUUUUGGUGGCUUCGACGAUGGUGCAUUCUCAAACGAACAAUUGUGCUUGCAUACAAGUCUACGACCCCGUCUGUGGGAUUAACGGCAGGACAUAUUCUAACUCAGCCUGUGCAGGAUGUGCAGGUGUUGCCGUGCAGUGUCGGGGUGAGUGCCCUUGUAGAACCACAGGAAACUGUGCCUGUGGCUUUAUCUAUGACCCAGUGUGCGGAUUCAAUGGUAGAACGUACAGCAACAGUUGUGUCGCGCGGUGCAGUGGAGUAUUUUUCUAUUGGCGAGGACGUUGUCCAUGGUAA